CUGGGAGCGGGGCCGGGAGCGGCGCCGGGGAAGCAGGACCGGGCAUGCACAACGCCCGCCCAGACGAGCUCGGCGCCGAGCGGUGGUGCCGGCGGGAGGCAGGGCCGACGCUGCGGGCGCACAUGCCCAGCACGCGGCAGACAUCGCACCACCCCGGAAGGGCGACGGGGCCGGCCCCGCGACCCCCGCGCCCCGGCUCGGCGGCGGACUCGGCCUGCAGCCUGGAUCCCGGGGGCGACGAGGAGGAGAUGGGGAGCCCGGCCGCUCGCUCCCCCCCGGCCAGCGAGCGCAGCCUGGAGUUCGACUCGGGCUACUCGGAGGCGUCGGGGAGCACCUGGAGGGAAGAGGAGGUGCCCGUGCGGCGCCGGCAUCUGCUGCCCUGCCAACGGGCACACCGGCUCUCCGCCGGCCCCGCCGCCCCACCGCCCGCCCCCGCCCGCCGUGUCCGCCCCAAAUCCACCUCGGACGCCUGCCUGGAGCAGUGGAGGGCCCUGGAGCCCGCCGACACGCAGGACUGGACCGUAGCGCUGCUGUCGCAGAGCCGGAACCGGCAGCCUCUGGUGCUGGGCGACAACUGCUUCGCUGACCUGGUGGAGAACUGGAUGGACCUGCCCGAGGUGGGCGCCGAGCCGCGCCGCCGGGCCCCCGCCGAGCCCUCCCGCCGGCUGGCCAAGCCCCCCGCCUUCCUGCUCAGCCUCUCGGGCAACGUACGCCGAAAGCUGGCCAACAUGGCCCGGCCCCGGGGUGCCGACGGUGCCCGGCCGGGGGGCCGCGAUGCCACCAAGCGUUUCUCCUGCCCGCUGGGGCUGGGGGGACAGCCCAAGGGCGCCUGCUUCCACCAGUCCCACAGCAACAUCGCCCAGCUGGCCACGGACUUCCACCGCUUCACCGCCUUGAUGAACAGCCGCAGCCGCCAGCCCAUCAUCUGCAACGACGUUAUCGGCUACAUUUAGCCUUGCUGCUGCGGCCCGCACCCCCACCCUGUAAAUAAACCCCGGUUUUAUACGGU